UUUUUAGUGUGGCACUUGGUGGAUGAUCUCUUUUCAAGGGAGGGGAGUAAAUCUGUAGUCGUAAUAAAAGCCCUGUAUACCUGGGUGCAGCCUGGGCGCUCAGGGACAGGCGUGCGAAAGGGGAGCUGAACACAAAGCGUGGUGGGCGUAGAGGGCACCUCCAGGGAAACUGAAUUUGGAAAAUACAUGUACUAGAUCUUCAGAAGUCUCCAAUUUAAUAAGUGAAGAAGUGUUAGGAGGAGAAAGAUGGAUAUUCAUUAGCAGAGCUGUUAAAGAACAUGGCAAUCCAAAUCCUUUCUGCAACCUGCUUCAGCUGCUGGUAAGGAGAUGGUGAUUAUUGAACUACCUUGACCAUAGUUUGAUUGCUCCGUUAAAAAUAUGUAACUUCUGAUAUUAUUUUUUUCAUUAAGAACUUUUUUCAGUAACAUGUUAUUCUUUGGGGACACUUGAGUACUACGUGGAUUACACUGACAUGUCUCCAAGCAUUUUGCUGCAGUGGCAGCAUACGAGUGGUUUGUGUUUUACAGAUGCAUCAGCGGAACGUGGAAAUCUCUGAUUUGGCGUUGGUGGCUGAGUCCUCAUCUCGGAGAACUCGCUUUGGCUUUAGACUUAGGGGAGUUCUUUGUUCUUCCUUGGAAGGUUUGGGGCCGCAUUCUGACCCGGGCAACAGGACUGUGAUUGUGAUGCUGGCACUGUUCCCUAGAAACAUGGGCUCGUGGAGAUGCAGGCCCUGCACAGAGAUGGACAUCAUCGGUGGUAAAAGUCGGUUCAGAUUGCCUUCGGUUUCAGUGCCAUCAGACUGUCUAGAAGUUGAAAUGUUUUUGUGGUCUUAGUAACUUGGGGUGUACUUUAGGUCUUGAGAUAUGUGUAUAUAGGACAGGACUGUACAGGUGCUGCAUAAGGAAUUAGGAUUUCCUUAUGCUCAACAGCAUUAUUUUAAAGGUUCUAGUAGUGAUUACUUUUUUUUUUUGGCAGUUUGGUGGGAAAAUCAAACUGGAACAGUACUACUUUACAGUGGAAAUUCAUCCAAAAUAGUAUGUAAAAUCUUACAGAGAAGGGAGGAGUAAAUCUUUUUUAAAUUGUCAAAUAUAUCAGAGUUGCUGGAAUGGAGUGGAUUAAAAUAUUUGGCUGCCCUGUUACAAGAACUGGGAUUCACGAUUCACGUUCGGACUGAUAGGCUACUGCGUUGCAUCUUUUUUAGUGGUGGUGGACUUCGAGCCUGUCUUGUUGGAGGAUUUUUCCUAACGGAUUAGGUCUUGAAGAUGAUGCUGAUGGGAUUUCAGAAAUCCUAAGUUUGAAGAUUUACAGUGAAUUACUUUUGUGGUUUUUUGACUGCUGAAUUUGCAUGGCUUUAGAAAGUAGCACACCUGAUUGAUAACCCUGAUAUGGAGACCCUGGGGACCAGCCGCAUCCUUGGGGUAUUACUUUGUGCUUUCUGUCUACUGUCGGCUUCCUUCGAAAAAGUUACCAUCCCGGCAGAGCUGAAGUCUGCUGUAGUGAAAAUUGUGGUCAACGCCACAUCCUGCAGCGUCACCUGUGGACUGGGCGUCAAACUGGAGGAGAUGUGCGAGAUGACUCCCGCCGGAGAGAGGAGGAAUUGUACCGUGCGCAGGUCCGGCUGCCUGACCAGUUGGGUUUGUGGCUUGCUCCACUUCACUCUCCCUGCGGGCAAACCCUUCCAGUUCAGCUGCCUGACCUCGGAUGCGGCCGGCUUUGGUAGCCAAGCCUACAGCUAUACGUGGAGGCUUGCCCCAGCCCUUGUCACCACGAACGACGUACUGUUCAAACCUUUCAAAAACCCCGGCUCGGUCAUCAGGUUUUCCCCUGUCAGGGAGUCUGAUGCAGGGACGUACCGGUGUGAUGUGCAGGUGCUGAAGACAUUCAAAGUUGUCAAGAGGGUUUACUUUGGGGUCAGAGUGAUCCAAACUGACUUGGUGGAUCUGAACUUUCAAAAAUCCUUGACUUGGGAACAGAAGUUAGCAGCAAAUGAGGAGGAAGGAAACACAAACAACGGCACCCACGAAGAAGUGCAAGAACAGCAGCCCUUUUGGCAAAGAGACUUGUUUUAUGAAUGCUUGGUGGGAAUUGGAAGUGGAGUGAUAGGGGGUGUCUUGGUGAGUGUGGUGCUCUGCUUCUUGUGGAAGAUUUUGAGAAAGAGAGCUGCAAAGUAAUGAACUGAGAUUUAAUGCAAUUUCUUGUCUCUCUCUCCAUUAGUAUUGAUGCGUUAUUUCAUGGCGAUGUUUGUAAUUUUUUUUCUUUUUUCUGGCUGACACAGUUUAUUACCCAAUAUUUUCUUAAGCUUUGGAGUCUGGUAACUUAGUACAGGACUAGAACUUGAGUUUUAAUGGAGUAGGGCAGACAGUAGCUCCAAAUGGGGCAAAGGUUUGCCUCCACGUUGUGUGAAAGGCUGGUCUGGAAUCAUCCAGACACGACAGGAGCUAGAGGACACCAAGCCACAGAAAACUGCUCGCUGCUAACCGCCUUGCUGUGCUCUUCUAAUGGGCCUUUAUUUUACCUCUAGGCUGGUCGGAGGGGGGGGUUAUUUAGCUAGUAACUUGCAAUCUUUAUCCCUGUCUCAUUUCCUUGAAUUUCUUCUGCCUUGCUGAGAACUCUGGUGAUGCGAGCUGACAGAAAUCGCCGUUUGAUAGAUGAUAUUUCUCCAGCGAGAGGUGCAAAGAAGUAAGGAUGCUUCUGAGCUGGGCUUACCAGGUUUCCUGCUUCUUUGAGGUCCUUUCCAUCAGAUCCAAGUGGUCCGGUCUCAGUCACUGUGGGGGUGAGGGGCGGACCACCACUGCCUGCUUCCUCUAGAGAGAUUUAUCUCCUUCCACUAGAGCCUGGAAAACUGUAAAGUAUUUUCAGGCGAUAGCUUGGAGCUUGCCCUGUUUCCUUUGUAGUGUGGAACAGUGAAGCAGGGAGCAUUGGGUAGCACAACAAAUCUUCAAUUUGAGCACUGCUGCUUAGGAACAUAACCGGGUGUUUUUAAUCAUGACUCAGAGCUGAGCUCAUUCCUGAAAUGUUUGAAGGGGGAGGAAGGGAAGAGUUCAGUGGGCUUGUGGAUCUUUUUAUUUUUCAUGGUGAUUAAUAAGUAUAAAAGAUGCCUCAACUCUGUAGGGAGUAUUGUUUCCCCCUUGGUAGCAGAAUCCACAGAGGGACCUAUUAAGUGCCUUCUCUUUCUACUUUCUGUAUCUUAUGUUACA